CCCCCGUCAUCCUUCCCUCCAAAAACUUCCCGCCUUGCUCUCGGGGAGACUCGAACUCACAACCUCUCGAUGAGACUGAAUUUCCUUAACCAUAAUUAUAAAUCUUCUCGUCACCUCCUCCUCUCUAUCAAAAAAUUAGGAGAAUUUGCGGAUUUCUUCGUUAGCUAUGAAAGAAGAAGAAGAAGAAAUCUAGAACAUAUGGAAUUUGCAGAAUUAGCACUUUUUGAGCAUAUAAUUCCAAAUUUGUGUGCAGAUUAUCAAUCAUAACCAGGAAUUAUCUGUUUUUUUCUCUGUUUAAAAAAUAGCCAGCUCGAAGUACUGUUGCUAUCCUUUUAAGAUUCCAUUGGAUUUUCUGAAUCUCUGUUUCUGUAUAAAAAUACAAAAAAUUAAAAUUAGAGCUUUGUGUUUGUUGAUGCUCAUCUAAACAAAAAUCUUCUGCAAAUUACGGACACGUAUAGAUCAAGGGGGACACGGGUUCUAGCCGGGGAAAUAAACUCUUGCAGAAAUAUCGGAUAAAAAAUGGUUGCUUUUGGGAAAAAGUUGAAGGAUAGACAAAUCCAAGAAUGGCUAGGAUACUAUAUCAAUUACAAAUUAAUGAAGAAGAAGGUUAAGCAGUAUGCUAACCAAAGCCAAGCCGUAACAUUGGAUCGGCGAUAUGUUCUCAAGGAUUUCUCCAGAAUGUUGGACAACCAGAUUGAAACAAUAGUUCUCUUUUUGUUGGAACAACAAGGAGUUCUUGCGAGCAGGAUAUCUGAACUUAAUGAAAAGAAAGAUUCUCUUCAAGAACAGCCUGAUAUAUCCAAAAUAAAUGAGCUACGAGAAGCUUAUCGAGCUGUGGGACGUGAUCUUCUAAAGCUUCUCUAUUUCGUUGAAAUAAAUGCUAUUGGAUUACGGAAGAUACUUAAAAAGUUCGACAAACGUUUUGGCUAUAAGUUCACCGAUUACUAUGUCAAAACCCGAGCUAAUCAUCCAUAUUCCCAACUUCAGCAAGUUUUCAAGCAUGUGGGAUUAGGGGCAGUUGUUGGAGCAAUAUCUCGUAAUCUCGCCGAUCUGCAAGACCGUCAGGGAAGCUACUUGUCAAUUUAUGACCAGCCAGCUCUUCCUCUCCAGGACCCUGUAGUGGACUCAAUGCAAGCAGCUGUUGAUAGAUUGAGUCAUUCAACAAACUUCCUUAACUUUUUGGCUCAGCAUGCACUUAUCAUGCAAGAAGAAUUACCCUCUCCUGUUGAGGAAGAAGUUGAUGAUCAGAAAUAUCAUUUUAUGUCGCUGCUGUUAAACUUGGCAAAUACUUUCCUUUACAUGGUUAAUACAUAUAUUAUUGUGCCAACAGCAGAUGAUUAUUCUAUGAGCUUAGGUGCUGCUGCAACAGUUUGUGGGAUUGUGAUUGGAGCCAUGGCUGUCGCACAGAUCUUUUCGUCUGUGUAUUUCAGUGCUUGGUCAAACAGGUCUUAUUUCAGACCACUGGUAUUUAGCAGUAUAAUUCUUUUUAUUGGGAAUACCAUGUAUGCAUUGGCUUAUGAUCUCAAAUCAAUACCGGUUCUGCUUAUCGGUCGUUUAUGUUGCGGAUUUGGUUCCGCCAGAGCAGUGAACCGUCGCUACAUCAGUGAUUGUGUGCCACUUAGACUUCGGAUGCAGGCUUCAGCAGGUUUUGUUAGUGCUAGCGCACUUGGAAUGGCAUGUGGCCCUGCACUUGCUGGUUUACUUCAGACAAAUUUUAAGAUUUACAAGUUGACCUUCAAUCAAGAUACUUUGCCCGGUUGGCUUAUGGCUUUUGCAUGGUUAAUUUAUUUGGUAUGGCUGUGGAUCUCAUUUAAAGAACCCGCUCGCGAGGCUGAAGUAAACAAUGUUCCUCAAGAAUCUAAUGCUGAUGCCCUUGAAAAGGGUGUUGUGGAACCAUUGCUAUUAAAAUCACCAGAGAAUCAACAAGAUGAGGAUGAAGAAGAUGGUGACGAGAGUGAAGAAGCUUCCAAGGAGUCUCAUCAACCUGUUAAUUCCAUAGCAGCAGCAUACAGAUUACUCACUCCUUCUGUGAAGGUAUGUUCAACUCUAAGCUCCUUGCUUCUUUUUGUUUGACAGAGUGAUCCAGUGAAAUCACUUGCUUUUAUUGCGUGGAAUGUUUUGUCUCUUUAUAUGGUUUUGGGCAAUCCUUAACUCAUGAGCUAACUUUUGGAGUUGAGUUAGAUCCAGAGUUCUUUCUUUACAUGGUAUCGUUGUUACUGUGUAUCCCAAUAUUAGGUCCCC